AUGUCUAUAGUAGUGUUACAACGUCCUCUCAUCUCCCAAGGUUCACAGGAUGCUUCUAACGAUGCUUCGUCACUCAACAUGCCUCCGCUUUCGCGUAAGUAUGAGAUCGACAUCACUGCCAAUCACCUCCUCACUCUGCUGAUCACAAAGCGGAAGAUCUGUCUUUUUGAAGCGAGCACUGGUGACGAAGUCAUAAGCAGGGAACAAUUUCUCACGGAACAUAUCGAAACAGCUCGACUGCUCUACCAUUCCAAUCUCAGCCAUUCCGGGGUGCCAGUUCAUCCACUCCAAUUUCAAAGAUAUAUGAGAUCACUUGGAGUGGACAACGAUUGCCAUGUGGUCAUCUACGACAGAGGGCAAAUGAUCUGGAGCACCUACGCAGCAUGGAUUUUCAAGUUAUUCGGACAUCGCCGGGUCUCCAUACUGAGCGGUGGUUUCCUUGCAUGGAAAGCACAACAGGCUAGAUCGUCACAGUACCACACUGACAGCGGCGACGAGGUGGAGAGAGCGCAAGGCAAUCUGCUCUCAUCUUGGAAUCAGUCGUUGGUGAUCACUUUUGAUGAUGUUCUUCUCAACACAGAGCUACGUACAUUCGAUGUCGUCGAUGCACAAACCAAAGAGGAAUAUGACGGUGAAGCUUCUGGAGCUCUUUACGGACACAUUCGGGGAGCAGUGAACGUCCCAGUCGACGCGAUGUAUGACUGGAAAUCAAACAAAUGGCGAACCACAAACGAAAUUCAACAGAUUUUCCUCGAAGCUGGUCUCUCACGUGGAAAGCCCGUGAUCGUUUAUUGCUCAACGUCACUGCGCUCGUCGCUGAUUUGGUGGUCGCUGAAGCGUCUCGACUAUGACGCUCGAAUCUAUUUCGGUGGUUGGCCAGAAUGGGUAGUGCGAGCGCCAGACGAUCUGAAAGUGCUCGGCAAAAACAUUGGAAACCACUGA